GAAUUGAAAGACUUUGUGAAGAAUGCUCUAAGCAGCCCGCAAGAGGUACCGGUAGUUUAUCCCAAAAUGUUUUUCGAUUCUAUAUUCUUGUUCUGUUUUUUACCGUGCUGACUUUAUUCUUUGACUUUUGUUAAGGACGAGGGGUUAUCUGAUGAAGCGCACAAAGCUCAGGAAAUCUCUGACUUGCUUAAAGAAAAAGAAAAACUUUUAGAGGUGACGUGUUUUUGUCUUGAACAAGCGACACCUAUUAAGUAAUUUCGUAAAGCCUAGAGCGAGCCCCACUGGCUUUUUUCCUGGUUCGGCUGGUUGUGAACGCUCAAUGAAGUACUGAGUGACUGGUGCGUUGAGUCAUUCAAAGCUUUUCUUGUGUCGUCGUAUCCUGUCUCCUUACAAACUUUGCACCACCAAGGAAAAUUAUAUCGGCAAAUGCUAGAUGCCAGUUAUCUCUGAUUUUUCCUCUCCGAGUUACUGGAGGAGCAAUCAGCGCGCGUAACACAAUGGGGAACUUUAGCAACGAACACGGCGACGACAACGAGAACGCCAAAAGGCAAUAGGUUUGUUAAGAAAAAUAACAACUUUGCACGUGCAUAACACUUUUCUGGCUUUUCUUUGCUGUCACUGCACGACUACGACUCGAAAAUACCUGAUUUCACGCUUUAUUGAGGACAUAGACCAGCGACGGCGAAUUUUUCUUUCUCUUUCUAAACUUGAGUACGGUUCCCAAGAAAUCAAUUCUAGGGAAAUUCGCCUACAUUUGAUGUUGUCAGCGAAUUGGAAUAAACGCGACAAUGUUUGAAAAAACGCAAAUGCAUUCUUUUCAAAGUGACGUUCUCGCUGCCGUAGCCGUCGUCGAUGCUAAAGCUCUCUAUUCACUUACACCUGUGGGAACAGCGGCAGCGGCGGCGACAACUCGAACGCCUUGUGUUGGAACGUGCUCGCCAGGAUUCGCUGGGAUAACUGGACGGAUAGAGAAAAGGCGAACUGCAAACAGAAAAAAUGCUGCCUGUAGGGUAGGAGUAUCGCAUGGAGGAGGAGCGAUACUUCCAGUUUCUUUCUGCUAUUUACUUUCCUACCCACGCAUUCAUGUUUUUACUUUAUGUUUCACAGAGAGGAUAUGGUCAUGUGUUCAACGACUUCUCUCGUUUGUUUUCAGGAUUUGUUUCAAGAACGUUCUCGAAUGUCAUCUGCUCAUGAAGCCAACACGCAGAGACUGAUGUCAGCGCUAAGAGAUAAGGAGACUGCUUUGAAGGUCAGAAUGCUAUUAACACUGGGCGGAUUUUUUCUAUUUGUCUUCGCAGCGGCUUCAGUUUUAUACGCCCUCCAUACGACAACUACUGGUGCCCCUCACAGAGGCCAUUAAAUUCACCUCAUCAACUUAGUUGAUCAAACCAAAUUUAUGUCCCCCCCUUGACCGAAGCAGUAUUGCAGUUUCUGUUGGAACGGACCGAUUCAUACAGAGUUCGACCUAUCACAGUUGCAAAAAAGGAACUGAACAUUCAGCGCGCUGAGCCAGAUAAUGACUCUCCAUGAUUAGCUGUUAUGGCUAGACUGCAUGGUAAUGAGCGACGCUAUUUACACUGUCAUAUGUGCCACACAUCCUGCAGAAUGUUGGAAGCAGUGAUUUUUUAGCUAUUUAGUAUUUUCCCACUCCCAAAGAUACCUAUCCAAGAUCUGUUAAAUAUUCUUUCAAUGAUUACCGUUGAGGAAUUCCAUUACGUCGUUAUGAGUCAGAAUGACACACACAGCGCAAAGAUGAACUUAAUUUCGUCUGUAGAGAGGUAGAUCUUUGUAUUGUUGUUUUUUAAAUUUACCGAGAGAGAUCUUGGAGGAUUAUGACCAUUUUAACAUUUUUGUUGUAUCCUGUACCUACAGGAAGCUUCUAAUGACUUGACACGUGUUCAGACAGAGAAGAACGCAACCAUCCAGAAACUACAGCAACUCUUGAGCAGCAAAGAACACGAAGUACAGGUAGAGUUACUAUAAAAUAAACGUUUUGCAAAAUCUGUUAGAACUGUCGCAAAGAUAAGGAAAGGAAGCACGGGUACAGUUUUUGAAAAAUAAAAGCUUAUAAUAGGUCGAGUUUGUGUAAAGUAUGGUGGAGAUGACCAACACUUACAGUUAGAUGCACUAUGAAGGGAAUGAAGAGGAAAGUCUGAAUCUGUCUUUUUACAUGUGUUCGAUGAUGACAUCCCAGAGAAGAUAAACUCUCCGUUUUCAAAAAGAUCCUGAUAUGUGUGGAUGGGGCUUAAGACGUUUACCUUUGGAAAUGGCCCUGAUGCACGUUUACGUCAGACGAGCACAUUUCACCACCAAGUCUCGUUUUGAAAUUUUAAUGUUGUAACGUUUUGCCUAAAUGAAUUCUCAAGGCGGUAGAAUUGAAAAGAAUACCCACGCACAAAGAGUGAACAUGAAAAAAGUUUUGUUUACAAAUGAGGCUUGCUAGUCUGGCGUAAUCGUGUAUAAGGGCCAUUCCUACGUUACAAGUCUGGUUACAGUGAAUAACUUUCCUCUUUUGCGCAAACACUUACAUAGGAUCUUAAUCUUUCAACAGUCAGUCAGGUGCUAAAGUGAAGGAAAUUCAAGGAUUUAAGUAUGAUGUGUAUUUUUUUUUGUUUAGGCUCUUGAAAACAGUAAGGCUUGGGCCUCCCAAGAACAUGACAAGCUCGUUAAUAAGCUGAAAGUGGCCGUACGCGACAAGGAUAAAACCAUUGAGGUGAGUUACUAA